GGCCACAGAAUCUAGCCACCCACUCCUGUAAUAAACCCACAACCUCUGGCUGAGUUACUGAAGGCGUCAAAUCAUGAUUUGCAAUCUUCAGGUGGUCUCUGUGCAUUGAAUCAGAAUCAUGGGAUUGUUUGAUAAGCUAGCAGGAUGGCUUGGUCUGAAGAAGAAGGAGGUUCAUGUUUUGUGCCUUGGGUUGGACAAUAGUGGCAAAACAACUAUCAUUAAUAAACUUAAACCUUCAAAUGCUCAAACUCAAGACAUAGUUCCAACAAUAGGAUUCAGUAUAGAAAAAUUCAAGACAUCCAGUUUGUCUUUCACCGUGUUUGAUAUGUCAGGUCAAGGCAGAUACAGAAACCUGUGGGAACAUUACUACAAAGAAGGCCAGGCCAUUAUUUUUGUCAUUGAUAGCAGUGAUAAAUUAAGAAUGGUUGUGGCCAAAGAAGAACUUGACACCCUCCUGAAUCAUCCAGAUAUCAAACACCGUAGAAUACCUAUCUUGUUCUUUGCUAACAAGAUGGACCUCAGGGAUGCGGUAUCAUCUGUGAAAGUCUCUCAGUUACUGUCUUUAGAGAACAUCAAAGAUAAACCAUGGCAUAUCUGUGCUAGUGAUGCGCUUAAAGGAGAAGGGUUACAAGAAGGUGUAGAUUGGCUCCAAGAUCAGGUCCAAGCAAUGAAGACAUGAGAGGCCAGUAAGAUAAAAGACCUGUCAUACAUUAACUUUGGCAGUAGAUGGUACAAGCCCCUGGAACAGGAAGGAAGACCUAAAACAAAAACUCCUAAAUACAGUGCAUUCUGUUGUUUUCUUUCAUUAUCUUUUACAAGGGCUCAAGAGGAGUAAGCUUUUUAGAAAAUGUAGUGCCUCAGGUAUGUACAUACAUGAGUUAAAUUAAAUCUUUGCGAAGUCUGGAGAAAAUACUAAAAUUUAUACACUUAAUAAGUAAGCAUCUGCAGUUAUUAAAGUUUUAUUGUGAAAUACAAUGUAAGCAUAUAAUACAUCAUUUAAAUAUCCAGAUUUUCAAAGUUACUAAUGAUUUCUGUAUGCCUGCAUAAUUUUUUGGGAGUCCAAACUUGGGAUAGCUCUUAAAUAAGACGCUUUCAGAAUGUGGAUGUGCAGCAGUUCUUGAAAAGUCCGUUCCCAUAAGGUGUCUCAAGAAGGACACUCAAAAUCAGUAGUCACUUCUGAAAAUCUUGUCCCCUGGUUUUAGCUUUUUAAAGUAUUUUUGUAACAUUGCAGGUUAAAAUGUGGUAUGUGUUUUGUUAUAAAUGAUUGCAGAUGUUUUUAAGGAAUUGCUCAUAUUGUAAUGUAUGGUUAUAUUGUAAUGUAACAGCUGUACACACAGUCCUAUCAAUAAAAUAUAAGAUGUACAACA